GAAUCCACUUGGAUGAAAAUGCGUCCGACAAUGAGUUCGGAUGAAUCCAUAAGUACGGAUCGAUCCGCGCAUGUCGCUCGGUACACGGAUCAUCCAUCACGGCGUCCUAAGGAACAAAUAUCUGCCUCGAAAAAUGCACAAACGGAAUACGAAACGCAUUUAUCGCAAAAUGCUGCGUAUUUCUCAACAUAUGAAUCUGGUACGACAGCGUUGGAUCAGCAUAGUACGUAUCGCGAACGGCGCGCCAACAAUACAGAGAAUCAGCGACACGUGACGAAAAACAUCGAGAAAACGGAUCAAAAACAUAAAGGUGUUGAUACGCGCAAUAUCGAUUUGUCACGCAGACGUCGGUCGGGCUCCUGCGCCAGGCUGCGUCUAUGGUGCGUGACAUUUUGCCGUGCGAAGAAAAGAUGUUCCGAGCGCGUUUUGAAAAGGCCGGCAAGACGAUUUCUCGAGCGAAUAAAGGUGCGAGGUAAAGAAUGCCCGGAGAAGCCCGACGAAGCGAUCGCCGGUGUGUCAACCAUGCCGCAUCGAGAUGCCCCGCAUCGAGAUGCCCCGAAGAAAGCCAGAAGAAGUCGUAAACGAGACGAAGCGGUGGAAGUCGCCGAUAAGGACGCCGCCGAGGAUAUCAGAAGGGAGGAAAGAAGAGAGAGGAAAAAAAGGGAGAAGGAGGAGAGGAAGAGGAUGGAGGCGAUGAAGGAGGAGGAGGAGGAGGAGAAAUGGGAAAAGAGGGAGAGGCGUAAGCGCGAGGAGCGUGUUACUGUAUAUCCUGUGGACACGGAUCUGGUGACGCGCGAUGACGUCGUCGUCGAGGAUCAUCGGGCGCCCGGGCAACCGCCACCGCCGUUCACGGACUUCACGAAGAGCUGCUGUUACUUGUGCGCCCAGAACACACUGGCGAUCGCGGCCGCCGCCGCCAAGCCGGAGCAGUCUGACAAGUGCGUCCAAGUUUCGGCUCAUAAAUUUCGUGCGGAGAUGUUCCCGACGCUCGAUAAGAGCUGCAGCCCGAUACUGCUGGUGCGCAUCGUGCAGCCGUCCGUCAAAGUGAGGACACGGGAGACCGGCACGCCCUGUCCCGGCACGAGCGCGGUGCCGCGGACGAAAAAGCGCAAGAAGUUCACUAUGUUUCCCAGGUUGACGCGGACGAAGUGCCCGGCGGGACGGCAUGCCGCCUGCGAGACUGAUAAGUCGACCGCCAGGCGCGACGAUAAUGCGGAAAAACGCGAGCCGAGGAACGAGAAGUGCUGCAGGGAGAAGAACGCUUGACACGUCACGAAUUUUACGAAACUUACCCCCGGGCUAAUU